AUGGAAUACGCUCCCCAUGAAUUUCACUGCUUCAUCAAAUUCACUAGGCCCUCCGGCAUCCUAUUUCCGCUGCAACGCUCCGCACCAGCGCGUCCCACCGCAGCCCGUCCCCCUUCCCGCCUCCCCCUUCCUUCCGCUGCCGUCAUGUCGGGAGCCGCGCUGGCGCACGGUUCCGCCGCAGCCUCCGCGCAGGCCGUGCUGGGAGCGCACCAAUUGCCAAUAACCGAGCAUUCUCGUCGCAGCGCGCGCCUGUCCAGCAGAGCAGCGACCGCGACACCUCUCGCGGGCAACUCUAGCACUGCGCUACAACGCGAGACCCGGCGCGCGGCGUUCAUGCGCAGCGGCGGGCGGCGCGUGGCGGUGGCGUCGCUGGCGGAGGAGGAGCGGGAAUUGGCGGAGGUGGAGGCGCUUUCAGACGCCAACUGGGCGCACAUGAGUGCCACGUGGAGCCAGCAGGUCCAGCUGGACGAGAAAGCGAAGCCUCUAGCGGAGUACAUGACCCUCCCCGCGUCGCAAUAUUCCGUGCUGGACGCGGAGCGCAUCGAGCGCGUGGACAGCAGCACGUUCCGCUGCUACGCGCACCGCGUUCAGUUCUUCAGCGUGGAGAUCUGCCCCGUGCUGCUCGUGCGCGUCGACGAGGAGGCGGACGGCUGCACCAUCCGCCUGCUCUCCGCCACGCUUGACGGGUCGCCCAUUGUGAAGUCGCAGAACAAGAAGUUCCGAUCGUCCAUGGUGAAUCGGGUGCGGUGGGCGUCUGACCCCUCUUCACCCUCCUCGUCCUCGCGACUCAUCAUGUCAGAUACCACUCUCAAGAGCUCAGUGGAGGUCCCAGUGCCAUUCCGGAUGAUCCCAAGGGACGUCAUAGAGACUGCCGGCAACAAGCUAUUGGAGCAGAUUCUUAAAGUUGCUGUCCCGCGCUUCCUAGAGCAGCUCAAGAAGGACUAUGAAGCCUGGGCUGCCGGGGACACCUCGCGAAAGCCCCUCGGCACAGGGGAGUUGUAA